AUGUGGAGUCAAUUGGGUAGAGGAAACACAGAUUUCCCAAAAAAGCUGUUAUUGAUUGGUAAUGGAAAAGUACCUGAGUCAACCGAAAAAAACAAUAUUGAUAAAGACCUUGGUGAAAUCGUAACCAACACUGAAGACCUAAUCUCUAGAAAAAAAUAUCAAUGGAUGUGGGAAAGGGCAGUUUUAACUGUCAAAAAUACGAGCGUUGACGCCAUCAACGAUAAAAUAAUGGCUAAAUUACCAGGCGACAACAUAAACUACCUUGCUAUUGAUACUGUCGUGGAUCAAGAAGACGCGGUACAUUACCCUCAAGAGUUUUUAAAUUCUUUGAAUCCUUAUGGGCUGCCCCCACAUGAACUUAAAAAGUGA